AUGUCUCUCACUAAGAAGCUCGCCAUCACCGACGUCGACGUCAAGGACAAGCGCGUCCUGAUUCGGGUCGACUUCAACGUUCCCCUCGACAAGGAGACCAACUCCAAGAUCACCAACAACCAGCGCAUCGUCGGCGCCCUCCCCACCAUCAAGUACGCCAGAGACAAUGGCGCCAAGGCAGUCGUCCUCAUGUCCCACCUCGGCCGUCCUGACGGCAAGCCCAACUCAAAGUACUCCCUGAAGCCAGUCGUCGCCGAGCUCGAGAAGUUGUUGGGCACAAAGGUGACCUUCACCGAAGACUGCGUAGGCCCAGAGGUUGAGAAGGUCGUCAACAGCCAAACCAACGGCGGCGUUGUACUCCUCGAGAACUUGCGAUUCCAUGCUGAAGAGGAGGGCUCGAGCAAAGACAAGGACGGCAACAAGGUCAAGGCUGACAAGGCCGAUGUGGAGAAGUUCCGCAAGGGCUUGACUGCGCUGGGAGAUAUCUACAUCAACGACGCGUUCGGCACUGCACACCGUGCUCACAGCUCGAUGGUCGGUGUGGAUCUUCCACAGAAGGCUUCCGGGUUCCUCGUCAAGAAGGAGUUGGAGUACUUCGCCAAGGCGCUCGAGAACCCACAGCGUCCAUUCCUCGCUAUUCUUGGUGGUGCCAAGGUCUCGGACAAGAUUCAGCUGAUCGAGAACAUGCUUGACAAGGUCAACAGCUUGAUCAUCUGCGGUGGCAUGGCUUUCACUUUCAAGAAGGUCCUCGACAACAUGGCUAUUGGCAACUCCCUCUUCGACGAGGCCGGCAGCAAGAAGGUCCAGGAAUUGGUUGAGAAGGCCAAGAGCAAGAACGUCAAGAUCACUCUCCCGAUCGACUACAUCACGGCCGACAAGUUCGCUGCGGAUGCCAACACUGGCUACGCCGAGGACAAGGACGGCAUUAAAGAUGGUUGGAUGGGUCUCGACUGCGGCGACAAGAGUAUCGCACUUUACAAGGAGGCCAUCGACGAUGCCAAGACGAUCCUGUGGAACGGACCUCCUGGUGUGUUCGAGAUGGAGAAGUUCGCCAAGGGUACGAGGGCGACUAUGGACGCUGCAGUUGAGGCUGCACAGAAGGGCAAGAUUGUCAUCAUCGGCGGUGGUGACACUGCGACUGUGGCCGCACAGUACGGUGUUGAGGACAAGCUUAGCCAUGUCAGCACCGGAGGUGGUGCCAGCUUGGAGCUGCUCGAGGGCAAGGACCUGCCUGGUGUGAGCGCGCUGAGCGAGAAGUCAUGA